AAGAGCUCAUGAAAAGAAACAGAGCGAUUAGGAGAAAGACAGUUUUCUUUAUCCUCACCUGUCGGACUUGUUGCAGUCUUGCUUCACCCGACCGGCACCACACUGCACAAUAUAUCAUCCUCUCCACUCUCCACACCACUUCUCCUCAGUCGACUAGCUAGAACGGCCAUCGUACCAUAAGCUGAGAGCUCUACUACACACUCAUCGCAAGAGAAGGAAAGCUUAACUAGAAGGCGGGACACCGAGUGUUUGGAAGGUAGGAGCGAGCGAGACCGAUCAUGGCCUCGGCGCCCAACGGGAGCCUCGCUGACGAGAAGGCGCCGGAGGCGGUCGGCGUCGGCCGGUACGUGGAAAUGGAGCAGGACGGUGAUUCAAACACCGUGAAGUCGCGCCUCUCCGGCAUGCUCUGGCACGGCGGCUCGGCCUACGACGCCUGGUUCAGCUGCGCCUCCAAUCAGGUGGCGCAGGUGCUCCUGACCCUGCCCUACUCGUUCUCGCAACUAGGGAUGCUCAGCGGCAUACUGUUCCAGCUCUUCUACGGCCUGAUGGGCAGCUGGACCGCGUACCUCAUCAGCAUCCUGUAUGUGGAGUACCGGACCAGGAAGGAGAGGGAGAAGGCGGAUUUCAGGAACCAUGUCAUCCAGUGGUUCGAGGUGCUGGACGGGCUGCUCGGCAGGCACUGGAGAAACGUCGGCCUGGCCUUCAACUGCACCUUCCUGCUGUUCGGCUCCGUCAUCCAGCUCAUCGCUUGCGCAAGCAACAUCUACUACAUCAACGACAAGCUGGACAAGCGGACGUGGACGUACAUCUUCGGCGCGUGCUGCGCCACUACGGUGUUCAUCCCGUCGUUCCACAACUACCGGAUCUGGUCGUUCCUGGGCCUCGUGAUGACCACCUACACGGCGUGGUACCUUGCCAUCGCCUCCCUCAUCCAUGGCCAGGUUGAUGGCGUGAAGCACUCUGGGCCGACCAAGAUGAUGCUCUACUUCACCGGGGCCACAAACAUUCUCUACACCUUCGGCGGGCACGCUGUUACUGUGGAGAUCAUGCACGCCAUGUGGCGCCCCCAGAAGUUCAAGGCGAUCUACCUGAUGGCGACCAUCUACGUGCUGACGCUGACGCUGCCGUCGGCGGCAAGCGUGUACUGGGCGUUCGGGGACCAGCUGCUGACGCACUCCAACGCGCUGGCGCUGCUCCCCCGCACGGCGUUCCGCGACGCGGCCGUCGUGCUCAUGCUCGUCCACCAGAUCAUCACCUUCGGCUUCGCCUGCACGCCGCUCUACUUCGUGUGGGAGAAGCUCAUCGGCCUCCACGACUGCCGCAGCCUCUGCAAGCGCGCCGCCGCGCGCCUCCCCAUCGUCGUGCCCAUUUGGUUCCUCGCCAUCAUCUUCCCCUUCUUCGGGCCCAUUAACUCCGCCGUCGGCUCCCUCCUCGUCAGCUUCACUGUCUAUAUCAUCCCGGCUCUCGCUCACGUGAUCACAUUCCGCUCCGCGAGCGCCCGUGAGAACGCGGUCAAGGCCCCGCCGCGGUUCGUGGGUCGCUGGACGGGCACGUUCAUCAUCAACGCGUUCGUGGUGGCGUGGGUGCUGGUGGUCGGCUUCGGGUUCGGCGGCUGGGCGAGCAUGACCAACUUCGUCCACCAGAUCGACACGUUCGGGCUCUUCACCAAGUGCUACCAGUGCCCGCCGCCGCCCCUCGCGCCGGGCGCCUCCCUGCCGUUCCCGCCCGGCGGCCUCAGCAACAUCACGAUGCCCUUCAAUGGCACCGCCGGCGCGGGACUCCCUCCGGCCCAGGCUCCUUCGCCGUCGCAUUUCGUCCACCGCCACCGGCAUCACAGCCAUGGGCUUUGACUCAAGAGAUACGGAGCCCAGCGCUGCGAGUGCAUGCACGACCCUGCUUUAGUUCCAGCUAAUUCAGUAGUUAGUCUAGCUUUACCAGCAUCUUCCCUAGCGUGUUGUCUCUUCUUAUUUAUUUAUUUUCAGUUCAGAGAGGUUGAUGAGGGUAUCCUAGUCCAUUUGAAAUCUCUUGUUCUGAGCUGUGUCCUGGCGUGGAGCUCAAAAAAGAGGAAUGGAAUAUUAAUGUGGCCGCAGAUGCUAAGGCUAGCUGCUGCUUUCUC